AUGUCGUCAGAUUGGGGUCGUGAUGAUGCUGCCGAAGAUGAAUCUCUUCCCUCUCCAGAGCUAAGGUCCCCAUCAAGCUCUAAGCUUAUACCCAGACGCAAAAAGAGUCGAGACGUGGAGGUAUCCAAUUAUUCUUUCUCAGGUUUCUCUGAUGUUCAAGAGCAGCCUAUUUCGAAAUCUAAGAGGAAGAAAGCUGACAUAGGGGAGAUUUCUACUGACAAGGCUAUGCCUAAAAAGUCAAGUCGGAAGACCAAAAAGAUGAACAAAAGAAAUACAUCGAAAGUGGUUUCAAAGGUCGAAGAGUCCCCCGCUAAUAGUGAAGUCAGCGACGUGGAUGGCUGGGAAGAGGUUUCUGAUCCUUCUUUUGGAUUAGGUCCUGAGAAAACCUCAGCUCACAGGGAAAUUGAGUUCUUCAGUCAGUUGCUGCGGAGACCUGAAAAUGAGGCUAGGAAGAUUGAAGAGGAGGGGUGCCUAGAAGUUUCUGUUAGUACCCUUCCUCAUGGGAAGUCUUCCCGGGAUUCUGAGACUAUCGCAACUCUUGCUUUGGCUAGGCGCAUUCGGGAACGUGCUCGGAAUCUUCAUACAUUUUACGUUAUGGAGUUCCUUACCUUCGGUCGAUGUGCCAAUAGGGCAUGCGAUGAUGCAACGGUGCGUGCUUUGGGUCUCUCUUUGAUCGAUGCACCAAAAUCGUGGGAUUUCGAGGCUCUUCGGUCACUUGUGCUUACCUUUGCAUCCCUCAAUCGUAAUGGGCCCACAAUAAAGAAUCCUGACAUUCGCGUGGCGAUUCAAACACGUCUGCAGUAUGAAAGUACUUCAGUCGUCGAUUGUACGUUGCUGAUGGUGGCCGCAUUGCGAGCUUGUGGUUUUGAUACUCGUCUUGUCUUAGCGUUUGCUCCGCCAUCGUUGAAACCUGGUAAGAACAUCACAGUCCGUAGCUUCAGAAAACUCAAGUCCCUUGGUUCCUCAUCUCCGACCUCAAAAAUCAUUUCCUCGGAGAGCGAGGAUGACAAACAAACCCUACUUCCUAGGUAUUUCUUUUUCGGUGAGGUUUACCUGCCCUCGAAUAAAGUCUGGCACAGUAUCGAUCUACUUCCGCCCACUGGACGGGUAGCAGCAGAAGCUUCUUUUCAAUUAACAAACUUCCCCUAUGUCGUGGGUUUUCAUUCCACGGACUGUAGUUACCUUGGUCGUACUCCGACUGAUUUGGCACCCCGAUACGAUCCCAAUUGGAUGUCUACAUCUCGAGGACAUCGCAUCCCUGAUACUUUAUGGAAGAAGUUUCUUUCUACGUUGAGAGGCCAUUGCGACGGGGAUGUGACCGAUUUGCGGGCGAAGGACAUCGGUGGGAUGGAGGAGAUGCGAGAUGCGGCUGAUGUUGAGAAGAUUUUUGACUAUCUGCGUGGUCUUCCACUACCCGUGAAGGUACAGGACUUUAAAGGUCAUCCUUUGUAUGCACUGAGACGUCACCUUCUGAAAUUUGAGGUGAUUUACCCACUUGAUGCUCCGGUGGUGGGGUUUCUUAAGGUCGGGAGCAAGGGGAGUGAAGCCACGGAGCCUGUUUAUCCUCGAGAGUGUGUUCAUAUUUGUCACACUCGAGAGUCGUGGUUGAAGGAAGCAAAAGUAAGUUAG